AAUGCCGUAUGUGAUACAUACAAUUACUUAACAACUGAUUAAUUAUGACAAAUAUUAAAACAUUUUUACAACGUUAUACAGUCCACUACUUUUUGCGAGGAAAAAAAGAAAAUCAAGAAUAUGUACUUAAAUGUUGAACUGAGACUUUAUGGGAGAAUGAAGCUCUAUACCCCCCUCUCUCUCUUUCUCUCUUUCUCUAUAUCUAACCCGCUAUUCAGUAGUCUCUCUUGAUUUCCAUUUCGAAAAUUGAAGGACUACGUACUAUAGUUUCCUAGAAUGGAAAUCUUGAGUUUGGUCUUUGGAGUCAUAGGCAAUGUGAUCUCAGUGCUCAUGUUUCUUUCUCCUGUUGGAACUUUUUGGAGAAUUAUAAAGCACAAAUCCACUGAGGACUUUGAGAGUCUUCCUUACAUCUGCACAUUACUAAAUGCAGCUUUAUGGACCUACUAUGGCAUCAUCAAACCAGGAGCCUUCCUUGUUGCUACUGUUAAUGGUUUUGGAAUCCUGGUGGAAAUUGUAUAUGUAACUCUCUUCCUUGUAUAUGCAGCACCAAAAAUGAGGGCUAAAACAGGAAUUCUUGUUGGGCUCUUGGAUGUGGGGUUCUUAGCAGCAGCAAUUCUGGUUACUCGUUUGGUAUUGCAGGGACAAGUGAGGAUCGAUGCAACAGGGUUCAUGUGUUGUGGCCUCAACAUUGUUAUGUACGGUUCGCCUCUAGCUGCUAUGAGAACAGUAGUUACUACCAAGAGUGUGGAGUUCAUGCCCUUCCUCCUGUCUUUCUUCCUUUUCUUGAAUGGAGGGAUUUGGACCUUGUAUGCUAUUCUCACAAGUGAUUAUUUUCUUGGGGUAGGUACCAAAUGGAGCUGGAUUUUUACUUGGAGCAGCACAGCUAGUGCUCUAUGCCAUUUACAGGAAUGCCAAUCCUUCAAGUAACGUUUCUGAUGGGCUGGAAGAAGGAUGGCAAUACCAGACCCUUAUCUCAUCAGCAGCAUCAUCAUCAUCUGAACAAUCCCAUGAAAUUAAAGAACGAAAUUAAAGAAGAAGAAGAAGCUAUCAGAAUUAAUCUUUCAUUCGUUUUGCAGAGCAAGAUAGGUUUUUUCUCUUUUUUCUAAAGAAAAAAAGAAGAAUAUAGGCCCGGAUGAAGAUAUUUAAGUGAAAAAUGAAAUAUGCAUUAAUGGCGCGCUUGAGUUGUGCUACAUAUUUGUCUUUCCUGGCUGAUAUUUCAAGUUCUUCUUUAUGAUAUCACAA